UGCAGUGUGAAGUGUGACGUGGUUCGUUGUUUCCAGAAUGUGAUCGUUAUAAAUGUGAAAUUUGCCAUGCAGUUCAUAAGACAAUUGUGGGAAAUAAUAAUACGAAGGACAGUUUAAACGUGCAGCUUUGUACAGCGAAGGAGUGAACUUCUGUUCAGGUUUCGCGCAUGGCGACCCCCGUUCACCCUGGCAUCACUAACUAAGACGCUUCGGCAUGUACACCUGUGCAAGUACGCCUAACAGUUCUGCGGGAUCGCAAAUAUUUUCUCGAACGAUUCUUCUUCUCCUGUAGGAGGGGAGCAAGAGGCUAUAUAAAUGGAAGUGUUGCGUAGUUCGUGAAACAUUGUCUAUAGGACGAAGAAGAAGCGACUCUAGUUACUGUGUGAACUAUCAGUUGUUCCUUGAGUUUAUAUAGCCAUGUGCGAAACUGUCCAUACUAAAUGUGCAAGAUACUGCAGUACUGAACAGGGAAAGCAGCGCGAUAUAAGUGGUGAAAAAUGUGACUUUCCCAAUUUUCCGGCCACUCCUGGAACACUAAUCGGAGUCCGCAACAAUUAAAGUUUGAUAUUGAUGAUCAACUAGAAAUAUUUUUAUCCAAGAUGUGAAUAAAACCGUUAUUCUUAUUUAUUGGAGAGGAAUAUGGCGUCCAUAUUUAGUAAGAAGAAAUCAUAUAGUAGUGACUAUUACAAUGUAUUUCCAAAAAGUUUUGAAAUUUGUGAUGAGUUUUGCCACAAUGUGCGAGUGUUUACGUGUUUUUGCAGGUAGCUGUUAGUAGAAUAAUAAUUUACGGCCCGUUUCUACACUGAGUAACUCAUGGAAGUGUGAUAUAUAUAUAUAACGCUUACCAAAACACAUAUUCAUUAUUUUUGUUUUAUCUGAAGAGAUACCCGUAUUCCCUGUUAAUUCGAGUCCAAAUAUGGGUGUGUUUACUUAUCCAGACCGAAGUGCAAAACCCGCCGUGUUGCUCCGAUAUUGGAUUCAGGUUCUACAGUUGGCGACCCUGUUCCACGCUUUGAGUACUCAUGGUGUUGGUGUGAAUACUGCGAGUGUUGGUAACAGUGCUGCCGGCAACACGCCAGUGAUGAGUACGCGGAUAGUGCAAACACGAUACGGGAAACUUCAAGGUCUGGUUCUACCAAUGGAGAACCAACGCCACUUGAAGCCAGUGGAAGUUUUCUUAGGGAUCCCAUACGCGACGCCUCCUGUAAGAUCGAAUAGGUUCAGUCCGACGCGCACCCCGUCGCCGUGGGACGGUGUGAGGAUAGCGGACACCCCGGGCCCCGUGUGUCCUCAGAAACUCCCCGACAUCUCCAACGAGACUGCCGCCCUGGAGAGAAUGCCCAAAGGAAGGGUGGAGUACCUCAAGAGGCUGCUGCCAUAUCUCAGGAACCAGAGUGAGGACUGCCUGUAUCUUAACAUCUACGCUCCUGUGCAAGUGGGGCCGACAGACCCGAAGCAGCGACAUCCGGUCCUCGUGUACGUACACGGGGAAUCGUACGAAUGGAAUUCUGGGAAUCCUUAUGAUGGCAGCAUCCUUGCUAGCUACGCCGACCUGGUGGUCGUCACGAUAAACUACAGACUUGGCAUUCUGGGGUUCCUGAAUGCGAACUUGGCGCCACAUUUGAAGGCGCGAGUUGCCAAUUACGGGUUGAUGGACCAAAUAGCGGCACUCCAUUGGGUCCAGCAGAAUGUGGCGCUGUUCGGCGGUGACCCAGGCAACGUGACUCUCUUUGGCCAUGGGACUGGGGCAGCGUGCAUCAACUUCCUAAUGACGUCACCCACCGUGAUGCCAGGACUCUUUCAUCGCGCCGUCCUCUUGUCCGGGUCUGCCCUCAGCAGCUGGGCGCUUGUAGAAGAUCCUGUUAGUUUCGCUGUACGCCUUGCUCGACAAGUGAAUUGCUCCUUACCUGAAGACCUUUACAGAGACCAUGAGAAUAUCGUAGACUGCUUGCGAGAUAUCCCUCUAGAAGAACUGCUUCGUGCUGAUGUGUCAGCACCAACAUACCUCAGCGCUUUCGGACCAAGUGUUGAUGGUGUUGUCAUCAAAAAAGAUUUCCAGAAAGAACUUCUCACAUACUUCCAACCUGAUCUACAGGGGUAUACCGGAUCUAGUGGGGGUGUGAAUAGUAAUAUGAAGAGAAGUGGGGAUGCUACAUUAGCUGCCAUAGCAAAUAGUGCCGGUGGGAAUAGAUACGAUUUGUUGUUUGGUGUUGUUACAAGUGAGGCACUGUGGAGAUUUUCGGCGUCUGACAUUCAAGCGGGAUUUGAAGGCGAACGUAGGGAUAAAAUAAUAAGGACCUAUGUGAGGAACGCCUACACGUAUCACUUAUCUGAGAUUUUCUUUACGGUUGUGAACGAGUAUACGGACUGGGAGAGAACAGUGCAACAUCCAAUCAACACGAGAGAUGCCACAGUGGCAGCACUCAGUGACGCAGAAUUUGUGGCACCCCUUGUGCAAACGGGGGAUCUUCUCAGCUACAGGGUACUAUCCAACCCUGGACCCGGUGCUACCAAAUCAUAUUUCUACGUUUUUGAUUACCAGACCAAAGACGGAGACUAUCCACAGCGGAUGGGCACAGUGCAUGGGGAGGAGCUUCCCUACGUGUUUGGUGCACCCUUGGUUGAUGGUUUCAGCCACUUCCCUCGUAACUACACGAAGUCCGAGGUGGGACUUUCCGAAGCCGUCAUAGUAUACUUCAGCAACUUCGCCAGGACAGGAAAUCCAAACGAGUUCCACAAGCAGGACUCCAUCCUGGCGGGAUCGAAAGAGAGGAACCGCUUCAGAAACAUUGUGUGGGAUGAGUACGACAACGUCCAUCAGAAGUACCUCGAGAUAAGCAUGAAGCCACGGAUGAAGAACCACUUUCGGGCCCACCAGUUAUCUGUGUGGCUGCGGCUGAUACCAGAAUUGCACAGAGCAGGAAUGGAAGACGUAGUUGCACGCCACAAUUUAUUCCGUAACCACAAUGACGCUGAUCUUUAUGAUGGCGUAGUCCGUCCUGACCCGUUAUCCAGAGGAACGUCUUCAGUAUACUACGACAGCAUCCCAGGUAGUGGUGGAAGCCGAGGUCCCGAUAUCUAUUUCGGUCCUACAAGUGUUCUAGGACCGCGAGGCAGAGGCGGGAAUGGAAGCCUGGACUCGAUGCCAGGCGCAGUAACUACAAUGGAUACGCUAGUGACAACGUGUAUCACAGUGGUUGGCAGUGGAACUAAUUUCCAAGGUCAGCAAUCAACACAUCAACUUCAGCAUGGCGGCAACACGACGAGUGAUACCCUUGCUAGCCUAGAAGCUGCCGGAUAUGCUGCAUAUUCCACAGCCCUCAGUGUUACUAUAGCCAUUGGUUGUUCACUACUGAUCCUCAAUGUCCUGAUAUUUGCUGGUGUGUAUUACCAACGUGACAAAACCAGGCUUGAGGUGAAAACACUUCAGCAGCAGCAAAGUAGACACAACCCAGGGGCUAAUUUUGAUGGUACUGGGAAACAUCACAGUGGGCAUUACCAUGUAGGGCAUUCUGGGAGUGGGAGUGUUAUUGUUGAUAUGGAGCAGGACACGUCAGCAAUGAUGAUGACAACGACAGGAAGCAGUGGAGGUGGGACUGUGGUUUUACCUUGUGGAGUUGCUCAGACUGGAGGACAGAUUACUACAUCACCUUCACACCAUGGCAUGAACACAUUAACAAAGCAACAUCAUCUUGGAAGUAACAUGGUGAUGACUAAUAUGUUAAAGGCACCUCCACCAUCACCAAAUAUUGUUAAUCAACAACAACAGCAGCAGCAACAACAACAACAACAACAACAACAUAUCAUAUUAAGGACAUGAACAUUGCCAAAGAAUAUGAACCUUGCCAAUAAUGUUGCAAAUAUGCCAAGUGGCAAUGUGGAGUUGCAGCAAGUUUUGACAUCGCCGUCACCGCCAAACGGCUCAGCUACUUUGCACUUGUCUGUGCCAAAGCCUCCUCCACCACCCAGAAGCAAAAGUCCUCCUGAGUCCCAACCUCUUCUAGCAUCUCACCAUCAUCCGUCACAUGGAUCUUCAACGGGGCAUGGGAAAGGUGUUCUGAGAGUGCCUGCAGCAGCCAUGGACGAAAUGAGAGUUUGAUUUUUGAUUUGGGAUUGUGAUAUGAGGGAUGAAAUGGUGUAAAAAUCUUAUUUUUUUGUGUAUGUUUAUCUUUGAAGAACCAAUUCACUUUGAUCAAGUCAUUUUCUAAUAAUGUCUAAACUGACGGGAGUUCUUUGCAUGAAUGCAGCCAUGUAACAUGGAUUAGAUAUAUUGAUGGGAGUGUGUGUGUAACGUAAGAUACUAUCAAAUAAACAAGUACAAAUGUAAUGGAAACUAAUUUCUGAAUCAGGUAAGAAUUUACAUCAACACAUAAUAUAAUUUAAAUCCUAGAGGACGUAGAAGUUGUGGAAGAUCACUGAACAUAUGAAAUGAAAAUCUAACAGACCACAUUGCCUAGUAUCUGACACAGUGAUGAUCAUGAUGAUGGCCAGUACGUUGUGAUGAUAUAGGUAUAAUUCACCUUGCGUAAGUAUAAUUUUGCUGUUUAAUUGAUCACUUCAUUUAGGGAUAAUAUAACUUACAAGCUGGAGUUACUGAGCCCAUUGAAUAUAGAGAAAUCGCUAAUAGGAUCAUGAUUCUUACAAGCUGAAUAUAAAUAAUUUAUUAAUGUUAUAUUGGUCUAUUUUUAGGUUCCAAUUGACUUAGACAUGUAAAUAUUUCCUGAUAACAUGUUGUAUAGAACAAAUAACAAGUUACUACUGUCAGGAAAGUCAUCACUUUAAUGGGUUUGUGUAUCAUGUUUCAAAUUGUUAAUAAUUGAUGGAGAAGCACUUACUACAAUACGAAAUUCUGUUUGCCUUGUAAUCCGUUUUAUGACGAUGUCUUUACACUGUAAUUGGGUUUGUAUUUCAUGUUUUAAAUUCUUAAAGGAAUUGCGGGUAUGCGAAAUGUUUUCGAGUUACGAAGUUCCGUAAUAAUUGAGGAAGAGGCAAUUACUACAACAAGACAUUGUGUUAGUCUUGUAAUCCAGUUCAUAGAGAUGUAUUUAUAUUGUAUGCAAUCUUGAGGAAAGGACUGCAGAAAGUGCAUAUUAUUAGAAAUUGACACAAGCAAAGUAAGUGCAGUAACACAACAAAAAGAUACGGUGUAAGUGUCUUGGUUCUUAAAAUUGCCCGAUUAACCUGUGAUUUUAAAGAUUUCAGAAAAACUGAGUACUGCAAGUAAGAACAAUAUAUUAAAAAGAAAUGUAUCAGACUAGUGUCCGACUGAAAAUAAAAAUGUCUUCAUUCAUGCUCAACAAUGAUAUAAAUUUAUUAAGGACAUGAUAAAAAUGGUCGAAUUGUUACAUAAGUUUAUGAAAGAAUUAUGUAUAUUUAUGAAACAUCUGAUUAAUGAAUGUAGUGCUGUUGAAAAAUAAGACCUCUAUAGGAUAAACAGAUAGAUGUUUUGAUAUUUGGCCUACAAAGUUUCAUCAAAUCGAAAAUGUACCUCUUUGUUACAGGCCUAUUAAAG